AUGUCACGUCGGCAAUUAAUUUUUCUCUAUUUAUUUAUCUUAUUUACUGGUAUUUUUGCUCAAAAAUAUGAUCCUAACCCUGAACAUGAUGAUGAAGAUGAACCUCGAUCAAUAAAUCGAAUACAAUCAUCAAUUAAUAGUGAAAGAAAACUUUUUUUAAACAAUAGAGGUAAUAAUAAUGAUAAUCAACAACAAUCAGUUGUUGGCCAAUCACGAGUACGUUCAUCAAUUGAAACAAAUCGGCGAUCAUCAUCAUCGACACCACUUGCUAGUAGUAAUGAAUGUAAAUUUGAUGUGCAAAAAUAUUGUAAUAAAGGAAGUCAACAAUUACUUUCAAAUUUAAAAGUGUUAGAAUGUAUUGAUGAUCUUGAUAAUGCUGUGAAUUUAAUUAGUAAAGAAUGUCAACAUCUUAUCUAUAAAUUUAAAUAUAAUAUGACACUUGAUCCACAUUUUGAUGAUACAGCUGAAAGACAAUGUUCAAAAGAUUUAAAAGUAUUUGAUGAAUGUAAAGAACUUAUUGGUAAACGUGGUUCUGGUCGUCUUGUAACAUGUUUAUAUGAAUUUUUACCUAAUAUAACUGAGUCAUCUUGUCGUUAUUUUAUUAAACAAAUGCAAGCUAUUAUUUUCAAUGAUUGGCGUUUAAUAGAAUAUUUUCCUGAUGCAUGUAUGGACAAUAUUAAAAAUUUAGAAUGUGGUCGAUUAGAUGAUGAAAAUGAAGCUAUACCACAUGAACCAGGUGCUGUUAUUUCAUGUUUAUCACAAAAAUAUAAUAAAUUAGGUCAACAAUGUCGAAAAGAAAUUUUUCGCUUAGCUGAAAUGCAAUCGGAUGAUUAUCAUCUUGAUCGUGCUUUAUAUUAUGCAUGUCGUGAUGAUCGAGAACGUUUAUGUGCACAAGUUUCAAGUGGUAAUGGCCGAGUUUAUCGUUGUCUUUAUGAUCAAAAAUUUAAUAGUAUGAUGUCACCAGCUUGUCGUAAAGAAGUUCAUCGACGACAAUCAUUAGUAGUUGCAGAUGUAAAACUGGAUGUACCAUUAACUCGAGCAUGUCGUAAUGAAAUGCUUGAACAUAAAUGCGUUAUUGAUCCUGUAGAAGGUGAUCAAAAAUCAUCAUUAGUUAAAUUACUUUUAUGUCUUGAAGAUACAUUAAAACGCGGUUAUCAUAUACAAGAUGAAUGCAGACGUGAAAUGCUUGUUCAUCGUCGUAUGUUAAUGUCUGAUUAUGAACUUUCACCCGAACUUCAAUCUGAAUGUAAAAUGGAAAUGGUACAAUAUUGUCCAUCGUUAUUUCAACAAGGUGUUAGUGGUACAACAGAUCAACGUGGUGGUCGAAUGAUUCAUUGUUUAUUAGCUGCUGCACGAAAAGAAAAAGCUUUUGGUAAACGAUGUUCAUCGGUUGUUAAUUCAUUAGUACGUGCAGUUGAUCCCGGUAGUGAUAUACGAGCAGAUCCAUUACUUGAAACAGCAUGUCGACCUGUUAUUGAUACAUUAUGUCCAAGAAUGAAACCUGGUGAUUCCAAUGUAAUUUUAUGUUUAUUGGAUAAUUUAAAAAAUAUUCGUAUGACAGAAGAUUGUGAAGAUCGUCUUAUGGAAGUGGCUUAUUUUUUGGCACGAGAUUGGAGAUUAAUACCAAGAUUAUUACCUACAUGUCAAAAAAAUCUUGAAAGUUUUUGUCAAUUACCAAAAGAUUGGUCAAUGAAUCAAGAAAUAAAUGGUCUUCAAGUUGGAAUGUAUUUAGGUUGUUUAUAUCAACAACGACAACAACUUGAUAAAGAGUGUCGAAGUGAAUUAAAACGUAUUAUGCAUAUUCGAACACAAGCUAUUGGUUUAAUGCCUGAAAUUGAAGAUAAUUGUUUGACAGAUUUGGCAACUUGUAAAAAUCCAGAAAUUAAAGGAGAAGUAAGAAAAUAUUUCAAUCAAAAUAUAAAGAUAUAUAGUAAAACUUCUCUAAUGUAAGCAGUUUAGGUUCAGUAUAACAAAGCGAUCAUAUUAGAGAGAAAGUCAAGCAAAAAUAUAAGUUUUAUUACCAUCUGUGUUCCUUAAAGUACUUAAUAUUUUAUUAAAUAACUUUAACCAUCAUCAUUAAUGAUUCGACUAAGAUUAUCUUUUCAAUUCUAUUUCAAUUUUAAAAUUUUGUUGGAAGAACUCAAGGAUGUUCAGUAAUAGAAGUUUUACUGUACUAUCUCUCUUUCAUAAUAAUCUUUCAGCACAUCUUUACAUAGAACAGCACGUCGUGAGGAUGAGGACGCUGUGAUUAAAGUGUAAAUGUAGCAUUUUAUUUUCCGGAGAGACGAUUUAAAAUUUCAAGAAGGCGAACAUCUAUUUUUUGAAGUAUAGACAUAUAGUGUGUGUUGAAUUGCUUAUAAUCAGCUCUUAUCUAUAUGAGUUGUACAAACCGUACUAUUUACUUUUGCAUAACAGAUUUUUAUAAACUU